AUGUCCUCCGAACAACUCCCCCUCUCAAACGACGCCUCUGCGGCUACAGUUAACCCUUUGGCCGCCCACCCCGUCCACCCUCAAGAUGCCCAGGGACGACAGCCCGCCGCCGCCUCCGCCGCCUCCUCCGAACUCGCCAGUGGGAAGGUGAAGCUCACGGGCGCCCUGCGUCACUUUGCCGAUUUCCCCAUCAAGGGCAUCGACUUUGUCGACAUCAUGCCCCUCUUCCUCGACCCCACCGUUCACCAGACUCUCGGCGAUGCCCUUGAGUUGCAGGUCAAGGAGGGUUUCCCGACUCUCCCCGAUGUCAUUGUCGGUCUCGACGCCCGUGGUUUUCUUUUUGGCCCCGGCAUGGCCCUCCGUCUCGGCACCGGCUUCGCCCCGGUGCGCAAGCAGGGCAAGCUGCCCGGCCCGUGCGUUACCGCCGAGUACCAGAAGGAGUACGGCUCCGACUUCUUCCAGAUGCAGCAGGAUGCCAUCAAGCCUGGCCAGAAGGUUCUGGUCGUCGACGACAUUAUUGCUACUGGUGGUUCCGCAAAGGCUGCGGCCGACCUCAUCAAGCAGCUCGGCGGCGAGAUUGUCGGCUACCUCUUCAUCUUGGAGAUUCCCGGCCUGAACGGCCGUGAGAAGCUCGGCGACACCAAGACCGUCAUCCUCCUCGAAGACGCAUAA